UGGGUAAAACCCUUUAUGUCCUGCUCUCUUCCAGAGCUGGACUUGAAUACGAAGUGUAUUGUGGAGAUGGAAGGGAAUCAGACUGUGCUGCAUCCUCCGCCUUCCAACACCAAACAGGGAGAAAACAGAAAACCACCUAAGGUGUUUGCCUUUGAUUACUGCUUCUGGUCCAUGGAUGAAUCAAACACCACAAAAUAUGCAGGUCAAGAAGUGGUGUUCAAGUGCCUUGGAGAAGGAAUUCUUCAAAAGGCCUUUCAGGGAUAUAAUGCUUGUAUUUUUGCCUAUGGACAGACAGGUUCAGGAAAAUCCUUCUCAAUGAUGGGCAAUGCAGAGCAGCUGGGCCUGAUCCCACGGCUCUGCUGUGCUUUAUUUCAGAGAAUCUCUAGAGAAGAAAAUGAGUCUCAUACCUUUAAAGUUGAAGUAUCCUAUAUGGAAAUCUAUAAUGAGAAGGUCAGAGAUCUGUUAGACCCCAAAGGGAGCCGGCAGUCCCUUAAGGUUCGAGAGCACAAAGUCUUGGGACCAUAUGUAGAUGGCUUGUCUCAGCUGGCUGUUACUAGCUUUGAGGAUAUUGAGUCCCUGAUGUCAGAAGGAAACAAAUCUCGAACAGUUGCUGCAACCAACAUGAAUGAGGAAAGCAGCCGUUCUCAUGCUGUAUUCAAUAUUAUAGUAACUCAGACACUUUAUGAUCUGCAGUCUGGUAAUUCUGGAGAGAAGGUCAGCAAAGUCAGUCUGGUGGAUUUGGCUGGGAGUGAAAGAGUGUCCAAAACAGGAGCUGCGGGAGAACGUCUGAAGGAAGGCAGCAACAUAAAUAAGUCACUGUCAACGCUGGGAUUGGUUAUAUCAUCGCUUGCUGACCAAUCAGCGGGAAAGGGAAAAAACAAGUUUGUGCCUUAUAGAGACUCUGUGCUCACUUGGCUUCUCAAGGAUAACUUGGGAGGAAACAGCCAAACUGCUAUGAUAGCCACGAUUAGUCCAGCAGCAGACAAUUAUGAAGAAACUCUCUCCACACUGCGAUACGCAGACAGAGCCAAAAGGAUAGUCAAUCAUGCUGUGGUCAAUGAAGAUCCAAACGCAAGGGUCAUCCGUGAGUUACGUGAAGAAGUGGAAAAACUGAAGGAGCAGCUGUCACAAGCUGAGGCUAUGAAGGCACCAGAGCUGAAGGAAAAAUUGGAAGAAUCUGAAAAACUGAUAAGAGAAUUAACAGUCACCUGGGAGGAAAAGCUAAGGAAAACCGAAGAAAUUGCACAGGAGAGGCAAAAGCAGCUAGAGAGCAUGGGAAUUUCCUUAGAAUCCUCUGGUAUCAAGGUUGGGGAUGACAAAUGUUAUCUGGUGAAUCUGAAUGCAGACCCUGCCCUCAAUGAACUUUUGGUUUAUUAUUUAAAGGAUCAUACGCGAGUUGGUGCAGAUACCUCUCAGGAUAUACAGCUCUUUGGCAUAGGAAUCCAGCCAGAGCACUGUGAGAUUGACAUUGCACCAGAUGGGGAAGUUACCCUCACACCAAAAGAAAAUGCAAGAUCCUGUGUGAAUGGUGCACUGGUAUGUUCUAUCACACAGUUGUGGCACGGCGAUAGAAUACUGUGGGGAAACAACCACUUUUUUAGAAUCAACCUGCCAAAGAGAAAGCGACGAGAUUGGCUGAAAGAUUUUGAAAAAGAAACUGUAUUAGCAGAACAUGAUCUGGAUGCAGCCAGUGAGGCUUCUUCAGAACCAGAUUACAACUAUGAAUUUGCACAAAUGGAGGUUAUAAUGAAAACACUGAAUAGUAAUGACCCGGUUCAAAAUGUGGUCCAGAUACUGGAAAAACAGUACCUGGAAGAGAAGCGGAGCGCUCUUGAGGAGCAGCGGAUGAUGUAUGAGCGUGAACUAGAGCAGCUGCGACAGCAGCUCUCUCCAGAAAGGCAACACCAACAUGGCAGUGACCAGCUCUCGUACACAGCUCAGUCUGUACAGCAGAAAGUAAACCUCUGGACAGAAGAGAGGGAUGAAUUGUUCCGACAGAGCCUGGCUAAACUUCGAGAGCAGAUAGUAAAGGCCAAUACACUGGUGAGAGAGGCAAACUUCUUAGCAGAAGAAAUGAGCAAGCUAACUGAUUAUCAAGUGACACUUCAGAUCCCAGCUGCAAACCUCAGUGCCAACAGAAAGAGAGGGGCAAUAGUAAGUGAGCCUGCUAUUCAAGUGAGAAGAAAAGGAAAAGGCACUCAGGUGUGGACUAUUGAAAAACUAGAGAACAAAUUGAUUGACAUGAGAGACCUGUAUCAGGACUGGAAGGAGAGAGUUCCAGAGAUAAGGAAGCUCAUUGGUAAAAGAGGUGACCCUUUCUAUGAAGCACAAGAAAAUCACAACCUAAUUGGAGUAGCAAAUGUCUUUUUGGAGUGCCUUUUCUAUGAUGUUAAACUUCAGUAUGCUGUGCCAAUCAUCAGCCAGCAGGGCGAGGUUGCAGGACGGUUACAUGUAGAAGUGAUGCGAGUCACUGGUGUUGUCCCAGAACGGGUGCUGGAAGGAGAUGACUCUUCUGAGAACUCCAGCGAAAGCGGAAGCCUGGAAAUCAUGGAUAACAAUGGAGAUAUUAUUUGCAGGGCAAAAAAACUCACUUGCAGGGUAAAAAUAAAAGAAGCAACUGGGCUGCCACCAAACCUCUCUAAUUUUGUUUUCUGUCAAUACACAUUCUGGGAUCAGUGUGAAUCAACGGUAGCAGCGCCAGUGGUGGAUCCAGAGGUGCCAUCACCUCAGACCAAGGAUGCUCAGUUUACAGUGACCUUCUCUCACUACAGGGAUUAUGUGGUGAAUGUUACAGAGGAAUUUCUGGAGUUCAUUUCAGAAGGAGCUCUUGCUAUUGAGGUGUGGGGACACAGGUGUUCUGGUAAUGGCCACUCCGUUUGGGAGGUUGAUUCUCUUCAUGCUAAAACAAGGACACUGAGAGACAGGUGGAAUGAAGUAACUCGCAGAAUAGAAAUGUGGAUUUCCAUUCAAGAACUGAAUGAGAUGGGGGAAUAUACUUCAGUUGAACUCCAUCAGGCAAAGGAUGUAAACACUGGAGGAGUUUUCCAGCUUAGGCAGGGCCAUUCUCGUAGAGUUCAGGUGACAGUGAAGCCUGUACAGCACUCAGGAACACUGCCUCUCAUGGUGGAAGCUAUUCUUUCUGUCUCGAUAGGCUGUGUGACUGCCAGAUCAACCAAACUACAAAGGGGUUUGGACAGCUAUCAGAAAGAUGAUGAUGAUGAUGGUGAUAUGGAUAGUUAUCAGGAGGAAGAUUUAGAUUGCGUGCGAGAAAAAUGGUCUGAUGCACUUAUAAAACGCAGAGAAUACUUAGAUGAACAGAUUCAGAAGAUCAGCAAUAAGCAAGAGAAAACAGAGGAUGAUCUGGAACGGGAAGCACGGCUAGUAGAACAGUGGGUAGGACUGACUGAAGAAAGGAAUGCAGUGUUUGUCCCAGCACCAGGCAGUGGUAUUCCUGGUGCACCUGCAAACUGGGUUCCGCCUCCAGGAAUGGAAACUCACAUACCUGUCCUUUUUCUUGAUUUGAAUGCUGAUGACCUCACUGCCAAUGAACAGCUUAUAGGUCCUCAUGCAUCGGGAGUGAACUCAAUACUACCAAAGGAGCAUGGGAGUCAGUUCUUCUACUUACCCAUCAUAAAACACAGUGAUGAUGAGGUUUCAGCCACUGCUGCAUGGGACCCCUCUGUUCAUGAUUCAGUGCAUUUGAACAGGGUAACCCCACAAAACGAGAGGAUUUACUUAAUCGUGAAGAUCACCGUGCAGCUCAGUCACCCUGCUGCAAUGGAACUGGUGUUACGUAAAAGGAUUGCAGCCAAUAUUUAUAACAAGCAGAGUUUUACCCAGAGUUUGAAAAGGAGAAUAUCCUUGAAAAACAUAUUUUAUUCCUGUGGUGUGACCUAUGAAAUAGUAUCCAAUAUACCAAAGGCUACAGAGGAAAUUGAAGAUCGUGAGACCCUGGCUCUGAUGGCUGCAAGAAGUGAGAAUGAGGGUACAUCUGAUGGUGAAACUUACAUUGAGAAAUAUACGCGGGGAGUGUUGCAAGUGGAAAACAUUCUGAGCCUGGAACGACUAAGACAGGCAGUCACAGUCAAAGAAGCACUCUCCACCAAGGCAAGGCAUAUGCGGAGGAGUAUCAGCACACCAAAUGUCCACAAUGUAUCCUCUAGUCGAUUAGAUCUUUCUGGCUGUGACGAGGAUGAAAAGGGUUGGUCUGAAAGCCACUUGGAUGCAUCAGACUGUGCUUCUAGUUAUCAAGAUAUAUCAUGUUACGGUACUUUACCCAGGGAUUCCCCUCGCAGAAGUAAAGAUGGUAGUGGUUGCAUAUCAGAGAAUCCACAUGCCUUAAUGGCCAGCCCAUUUAAAGCAUUUUCUCCUCAGCCACCAAAAUUUUUCAAACCCUUAAUGCCUGUAAAAGAAGAGCAUAAAAAAAAGACCCCCCUUGAAAGCCGCCCUCUGCUUAGCCAAGAGAGUAUGCCCUCAUCUCAGGUACAUAACGCUGGCUGUGUUGUGCCUUCAGGAAGUAAAGCCAGCAGCAUGUCAAUAGAAAACAAUAGCAUACAUGAAGAGAAGAUUGACUCUGAGGAAGAAGAUAAUGAGUUGGAGGCUAUUAACAAGAAGCUGAUAAGUUCACAGGGUAUUCAGAAUUUUCGGCCUUAUGUACCUGAGGAGUUUGCUGACUUCAGUGUUUACAAUGCCAGCCUGGAGAACAGGGAAUGGUUUUCCUCUAAAACAGACUUCAUAAGUUCACGUGUUCAUGAGAAAGAGGUGUCCCGCAGUCCCACCACUAGCAGUAUCACUAGUGGAUACUUUUCCCACAGUGCCUCUAAUGCUACUUUGUCUGACAUGCUUGUUCCUGGUAGUGAUAGCACAGAUCAGCUAGCCAGUCAAAUGAAGGAUCUGGACUCUACUGACCAUUCAGGACCACCUCUUGCACAUGAUGUAAGAUCUUCUUUGAACAAGGAGUUUCCGGAGUCAGAACAGGAGUUAGCUAAAGAAAAGGUAUCCAUGUCACCACUAAAAGAAAACAGUGCCUUAACAGAAGAAAUACCACUGUCCCUAGAUACUACUAACAAAAACUCUGAGAAAUUACAUAGGGCUGACUCCUGUUCACCAUUAGAUUCCUCAGCUAGCAAAAACAUCCGACCUACAGUUGAGUUUUCAUCGCGUGAAGUAACAAUUGAACAUACUACAGAUGUUCUUGAAGAUCACUCGUUUACAGAAUUCAUGGGUGUCGAAGAUGGAAAGGAUUUUGACCAUUCGGUAAUUCCACAGCCGUGUUCCGCUGAUUCCUCUAAUGGAGUGGAAAAAAUCACAACUACUGGGCUGGACAGUGCCUCUGAUUUAUCACAGAACACUGACACUCAGCAGGUCUCUCACUUGGGCCAGCUGGAAUGUAUGACAGUAGAUUACCAGCCUUCAAACACUACUGAAAACCCUUUAUGUUCUGUACUAGUAGAAGAGACUACAUGCUGUCAGACAUACCCUGAUUCUUCCCUGGAUGAUUAUAUUGAAAAGAACCAUUUAGAUGUUUCUGACUAUGAAGAUGGUGCAUCUGCAGAACAGGUCCAUACCUUGCCUAGCUGGGUGGCAGUGGGAGAACAAGUGUGUGUUGGAAGUAAUAAGACUGGCACAGUGAGAUACAUUGGACCAGUGGAUUUUUCAGCUGGAAUCUGGGUUGGAGUUGAGCUAAGCGUUCAGUUGGGUAAACAUGAUGGAACUGUAAAAGGCAGAGAAUACUUCCAUUGCAAGCCCCGGCAUGGUGUAUUUGUUCGUCCUGGGCGCCUCAGUAAAACACCAGCUUCAACAAAGAGGUGUAGUAGCACUUCACGAUCUCAGGCACCCUCCAGUGUAGGAAAACGAAAAAGUUCUGUACUUCCAGGGCCAUCAUCCUCUUCUAAAACAGGAGAAGCAGUCCUCUGUCAGUCAGGAGAUGCAGCAGCCUCUGCUUUUUCUAGGAAACAGGAGAACAGGAAGUCUUGGAUUAAUUAAACUGCAGUAUUUUUGCACUUAGUACACACACCACUGUGUGGAAACCUUUAUGGAUUUUAAAAGUUUAAUGUACAG